UAACACACACAGAUAUAUGUGCAUGCACAGUGGUAAAAGGUGAUCCAUAUUAGUAAUAAAUAUGCAGGAUACAAUGUUACUGGGCUUGGAGGGAAUCAAAAAAACCAUCCUGCAUGGAGGCACUGGAGACAUCCCAAAACUCAUCACUGGGGCAAAGGUGACGUUCCACUUCCGCACCCAGCUGUGUGACGAUGAGCGCACGGUGAUAGAUGACAGCAAAGUGGUGGGGACGCCCAUGGAGAUAGUGGUCGGCAACAUGUUCAAACUGGACAUCUGGGAGACGCUGUUGUCUUCCAUGAGGGUCGGGGAGGUGGCGGAGUUCUGGUGCGACACCAUUCACACUGGAAUCUACCCACUUGUGGCCAAGAGCAUGAGGCGCAUUGCAGAGGGCAAAGACCCAGUGGACUGGCACAUCCACACGUGUGGAAUGGCCAACAUGUUCGCCUACAACAGCCUCGGCUACGACGACCUGGACGAGCUGAUGAAGGAACCCAAACCCCUCUACUUUGUCCUGGAGCUGAUGAGGGUGCAGCAGCCUAGUGAGUACGACAGGGAGACGUGGGCUAUGAGCGAUGACGAGCGGCUGAAGGUGGUCCCUGUGCUGCACGGCCAGGGCAACAAGCUCUACAAACAGGGGCAGUACCAGGAGGCCACACAAAAGUACAAGGAGGCAAUCAUCUGCAUCAAGAACGUUCAGGCCAAGGAGAAAGCAUGGGAGGUCCCGUGGAUGAAGCUGGAGAAGAUGGCCAACGCCUUAACGCUCAACUACUGCCAGUGUCUCCUCCGCAUGGAGGAGUACUACGAGGCCAUCGAGCACACCAGCGACAUCAUCAACCAGCACCCAGGGGAUUUCAAGGCCUUCUACCUGCGAGGGAAGGCCCACGCAGAAGUGUGGAACGAGGCGGAGGCUCGGCAGGACUUCAGCAGGGUCCUGGACCUGGACCCCGGCAUGAAGAAGGCCGUCAAGAGGGAGCUGGCUGUGCUGAGCAUGCGCAUGGAGGAGAAGAACCAGGAGGACAGGAACAAGUAUAGAGGCAUGUUUUGAUACGAGACUGAAGCAGAGGUUUGAGAAUCUGAGAGGCGAUGAGCUGACGAAGAGUUUAGAUGCGGCAUCUCAAAUCUCCAGCCAGGUAUAUUUAGUCAAGAAGACAUAAGCCCCUCCCUUUUUGCUUUUUCCCCCCCCAUUUCCUCCAAACAUGAGUGAGACAACCAAUGGACUUCACACUCUCUGACGGUAAAGUGAACAUGGCUUUUUGCACCUUUCGUACCAAAGAAAUGUGCAAAAAUACAAAUCAAGGGAAAACUUCACAGUAUUGAGAAAAGAAAUAUGCAAAGAAAAGAAAUACCAGCCCAAGGGGAACUGUCGAUGUAACGCACACGAAUGUGGAAACAUACAUGUAAUGCGUGUGCGGUGUCGUUUAUUUGGACGCCCAUGUGCUUUCCUGCAGGAAGGUAGGUGGGAAGAUGAAUUGCCUACAACUCACAUGUAUGUUUGAAAUAUAUGGAGCUGGACACAACCUUCGCUUACUUAACAUAAAUACUUUGAACAAGAGGAAACUGAUGACAUAGCUAUAACAUCAUUAUAACAUGAUAACAAGAUUCAGAUGUGCUGAUGAAUGAAUUUUGUGUCACAUUAUUACCACCCAGACACCAGUAUAACCCUCCCAAGAAAGCACAAAAGCAUAUUAGACAUUGAACAAUUCAUUUUCUGUAUGUAAUAUUGUUUUGCAAUAUAUGCUUUUUCAAAUCACGUAUUAAAAAGAACCAUCCAUUGUU